GGGAUAUUCCCAUUUCUAUUUUUAGAGCUUAUGAUAUUGGACUUUUGCAAGGAGACUCAUUAGCCUGUGAAAUAUUGAUGAGGAUUCCCUGUUUCUAUUUUUAGAGCUUAUGAUAUUGGACUUUUACAUGGAGAUUCAUUAGCCUGUGAAAUAUUGAUGGGGAUUCCCGUUUCUAUUUUUAGAGCUUAUAGUAUUGGCUUCUAUUUUUAGAGCUUAUAGUAUUGGACCAUUGCAUAGAGCUUCAUGAGCCUGUGAAACAUCUAGGCAGAUUCCCUAUUUUCGUGUAUUUAAAGCUUGUAAUAUUGUGUGUGUUUUUGCUGUGUGUGUUUAUUUAGAUCUACAGACAACCCUGAUGAUAUGGAGGCCCGUAGCACGAUGCAUUUAGCGAGCACGUAUGCUGGUAUCGGCUUCGGUAACGCAGGGUGUCACCUCUGCCAUGGCAUGUCCUAUCCAAUUUCCGGACUGGUCAAGGAUUUUGUCUCCGCAGGAUACGACAAGGAUAUUGCACUAGUCCCCCACGGUCUGUCGGUCAUAGUGUCUGCCCCAGCUGUAUUUGAGUUCAUGGCACCCGCAUGUCCAGAGCGCCACCUGGAGGCUGCAGAAUUCCUAGGUGUUGAUAUUACGAAUAAGAAGAAGGCAGAUGCUGGCAAGGUCAUUGGCGACAGACUUCGCGAAAUCAUGCAAGAAAUCGAAGUCCCUGAUGGUCUUAUAGCUCUUGGAUACAGCAAAGAGGACAUCCCAGCACUUGUCAAGGGGACUUUACCCCAGCAUCGAGUGAUUAAGCUGGCUCCUCGGCAGCAGACGGAGGAAGAUCUUACACACAUAUUUGAGAAUUGUAUGAGAGUUUACUAAAUAUUUGUGUGUUUGGUAUGACAAAUAUGCCACAGAAACCUGACUGAACUGAACAUCACUUCGAAUAUUAUCUGUGUUCAUUUUAUCCAGGUUUUGCAAAUCGUGCAAAUGUGAUUUAGAUGUUUAAAAGUGGGAAUAACUGCAAAUAAAAAAAAAAAAAAUUAAAAAAAAAAUACCCUGAAAAUACACAUUGGUAGAGUCAAUUUAUGGACAGAGGCCUAAUCUGAGUCUCCAACUGGAGAUUUUUAAAAAUGAAAUAUAUACAGUACAUUAGUCAUAAAAUACUUAAACAUCAAAAUGAUUGAAUUUAAGUAAAAUCAUAGCAAAUCUCCAGUUUGUGAAGGUAUUUCAAACAUGAGAUGUUUAAGGUUUCCAGUUUUGACCCUUAACCCUUUUGCCCUUACUGAUCAUAUUGGGCUUCAAAUAAUGAAUGAAUGGCAGAGUCCACUAAAGUUUCUUUAAUAGUGUUAAAAAGGUUAAACGGUAUAAAAAUGGAGUUUUAAUAUGAAGAGUUGUAUAGAUCUGUGUAUUUGUUUAAGGUGAAUUUAACACAGGGAAAUAACAAUAAUAUCAAUAUGUAUUAAAGAAGCACACACUGGUACAAACAGAUUAACUUUUAUAGUUUCUGAUUAAACAGUUUUCUAAUUCAGUUCCAUUUCACAAUACAUGUACAAGUUUAAUUCAACUUAUAAAGCAUAGGGCCAUGGCACAAUUUUCCAGGUCACAAUCCAUUUACAUGUAUACUGAUACAUUAUAUGGUGGGUUGGGUUCUUGUGCUUCGUUUCUGUGUAAUACAGUGUUUUUU